GCUCCCGGCCUUGCACCUGUGACCAGCGGCCGCGCUCGCCCUCCGCGCCCGGCGCCCGCAGCCCGCAGCCCCAUGGCCCCGUCCCGCCUGCAGCUCGGCCUUCGCGCCGCCUACUCGGGUCUCAGCUCCGUGGCCGGCUUCUCCAUCUUCCUCGUCUGGACGGUGGUCUACAGACAGCCGGGCACCGCGGCCAUGGGGGGGCUCGCAGGUGUGCUGGCGCUGUGGGUGCUGGUGACACACGUGAUGUACAUGCAGGAUUACUGGAGGACGUGGCUCAAGGGGCUGCGCGGCUUCUUCUUCGUGGGCGUGCUCUUCUCGGCUGUCUCCGUCGCCACGUUCUGCACCUUCCUGGUGCUGGCCAUCACUGGACACCAGAGCCUCACAGACCCCAACAGCUACUACCUCUCUUGUGUCUGGAGCUUCAUUUCCUUCAAGUGGGCCUUCCUGCUUAGCCUCUACGCCCACCGCUACCGGGCUGACUUUGCUGACAUUAGCAUCCUCAGCGAUUUCUGACCCCACGGGAUGAGGGCUCUGCACCCUGACGGUCCUCAGGACCUGGACUCAGCCUCUGAGACAUCAGGCGGACUUGUACACCCCCUGGGAACCCUGGAACUGAGGCGGAAAAUCUACAGCAGGAGGACGGAUGGUGUUUGUGAAGCUGUCCUGUCCCCUUUGGGGGAGCCCUGGGUGCUGUGGGGAGGGGCCCCGCCAUGUUGCUCAUCAGCCUGGCUGGAGGGCAGCUUUAGACCUUUAAAAUGUGGAUCUAUUUUCUUAGCACUCGGUGGGCAGUCUUUGUAAGCAGGCCAGGGCAACAGUGGAGGCAGUGGGGGCCGUGCCUGGGGCCCAGGGGCAGGCAGUAUGGUCUCUGCUGCCCUGGGCCCUCUCCCUCAGGCAGGGUGGGACCCUGGGGAGGUCAGGUCAAAUAAGGGAUCUCUAGUAAAGGCUUCUCAACCCCCUACCCCAGCACCCCCAUCCUUGUGUCCCCCAAGUGUCAGGUAGUUGAACUCAUUGGUCCCAGGGGUGGGUGAUUGGCUCUUUUCCCAAGGCCUGGGGACCUGCGGGGAGUUCAGCAUCCCUCUCCCCACCCUGUUCCCACAGCGGUGGCUCCAAGAUUGUGCUAGAGCCGUUGCCCUUUCACAACGCACAUCAGAGCAGGAAGCCCCAAAUGAGGCCAGACUCAUGGUCUUGGGGGAGGUGCUCCUGCCCCACAAAGGGCUUUGGGGAAGGGGGCAGCACAGAUUGGGCUAGAAGCAACUCUCAAAUGAGGCUUCUAUAGCCCAACAUUUCCAGUCUUCUCACACCUGCUCCUCCUGGCACCCGAGUCACCGCAGCCCCCAGACGUGCCCUAGUACCGCCCCUGCCAGCUGCCCUUCAUGAGAGCUUUUUAUCUUUCAAAAUCUCCCUUCCGAAGGACAAAAUCUGUCCUUUACUACCUGUACACUGGCCCAAGGGCUCACCACACCCGGGGGGAAGGGGCUACAUCAGUCUUUUCUUCGGCUGCCAUUUUGCACGGUCCACCCCUUUCCUACCCGACGUGUCCUGCCCCUCGGCUCUCUGCCUUAUCUGUGUCACUGUCACUUCAGCAGAAGCACAGCAGCCAUUCAUAUCAGCCAGCCUCCAGUGCUUUCUUGCUGGGUGGACUGUGGGAGCAGUGGGUGGGAAGGGUGGGGAUGGGAGGGCUCUCCAGUUGUCUCAUUAAGCCAUUUCCGUAACAGAGGAAGUUCUCUCCCUCUGGUCCCACUUGAAGGACUCCCCAUGGGGGAACCCCAAGGCCAGCACUCCUCCUCCAGCCCCCUCAGCAUACCCCCAGCCAGGGUGAGAAUGCCCCCGGGCACAGCUUCAGCAAUGCCUAUGGGACUGAGUGCCUGUCGCCCAAGAGGCCGGGACAGAAGGAUGGACAUGCUUUCCUUGUGUUCUCCAGGCUCUGAAGACUUGGGGCCAGAUCCUAGCUAAUGAGGCUGCUGCUUCUGCUGCCUGAAGAAGCCUGGCCAUCUCAGAACUGUAAAGACAGGCGCCGGCAGCCCCAGCACCUCACAGUGGGUGAGCGUGCCCAGUCCUGUCGUCUCACCGUUCUCUCUUCUAGGCUCAGUAGAUGCUUAAAGAGUCAAGGUACAUCAGAGCAGGCCGGAACCCAACAGUGUCUAUUUCAGGAGACUUCAGCUGAUAAACAGAGGCCCCAGGAGGUGAUGUGACUUACCUGACAUGACUUACCAGUCCCGGUUGGGACUGAGACUCUAUAGGGAAGCCCGAGUGAGUGGGUCUGCAGGCCUCCAUGUCCCCCACCCCUUAACCGGUCCUCUGUCUGUGGACCCAGAGCUGCCGCCUCACUGUUACCCAGAGGUGGGGCAGGCGGGGACAGCCAGGGUGGGUUCAGGAUAGAUUCUUCCUGCAAGGCAGCUGCCACAGAUCAAGGAGCUGGAGGGAGCUGCCUCCCAGCCCAACAGUCCCUUCUCUUCCACAUCAAAUCAGGUAUAAACUGUUGUAUAGCUGUAGGCCCACUCCCCUCCCCUCAUCCCCCGGAGGCCCUUUCACAUGCACCUUUAAAGCAAAUAAAACAUUUAUUG